GAAAAGCUGGGACUUGAGGAGGAAUUCACAAUACAAUACGAGGAUCCUGAUUUUGACAAUGCACUUUGUAACUUGAUGGACAUCAGUGAGCUAGCCACAGAACGAGCAGUCCUGCACCUCGUUUGGAGUGAUGGUUCAUCCGCAUCUCAGCCACAAACACCUCCUCAACCACAAUCUCCAUCAGAAAUUGGGUCCAUCUCAUCGCUUGACACAGCCAGCCUCCAUUCAUCAGACUCUCCUUACAGCCCAUCAUCAGUCAUUCGGAACUACAUGCGCAGCACCUCACAGUGGCCACACCCAUUUCCAAUCCCUUCGUUUUCUUAUGACAUUGAAUUGAAACUUUGCAAAGGUAAUGAAGUGUAUGAAAAAACUGGUGUUGGGUUGGAUGUAACAAGAGACAUCAAGAUGGAAAUACUGGACAAGUUGGCACAGCAAAUAUUUUCUAUCAAAGCCUAUCCUGAGAAGAACGAAAUAGCUUCUGUUGCAGCUGAACUGGUUGUCAAGUAUCCCUGCCUAAAGGAACCUGGAAGUGGCUCAGGAUACGCCGGAUGGGACAAAAGUAUUAAGUGUAAGCUUGGCAACUACCGCUCCAAACUGCGUGAGGCUGGCUGUAAUGAGGUUGCAGUCAAUCGAAAAAGAGGGAGAGACGAUAGCAGUGACCCCAACAGGUUCUCUUUAAAGAAACCAAAACGUGGUGAAGUUAACUUUAUCCCCCAACAUCCAAAAAAUUAUGAUGCUGCUGCUUUAGAACAGGAGAGAUGCCUCAUGCUGGAUGAAUUAAAGAAGAGGGGAAAGGACAUGUCUCUGGUCAGACAAAAGAUGGACCUCACAUUCUCCCUGAGGAGAAAGGAAAUUGUGGAGAUGCAACCUUUGGUCAAAGAGGUACAGGAGAGAUGGCCAGCGCUCUUCUUUGAAGAUCAGAUCUGUGCAGAAUUUAUGCGCAUUACCACUAAGAACCUGUUGGAGACCUUCAUGGCUGCCCUUGAUACUUACUCUAUUCGACUGAUUAAACUGUUCCGGGUCAGAAAAAGAGCAUUCAACAAUGAAAUGGAUCACCUCCUACAGAGGUUUGAUAACCAAAUAAGUAAAACUUUUUAUCUAUGGUAAGACAUUUU